ACCAUGGUAACAAAACUAACGCAGAAAUGGAGUUCCUUAAGUGGAGCAGUCAGGACGUGGCUGAGUGGAUACGAUCUAUCGGAUUUCCCCAAUACAUGGGUUGUUUUACUGAGAAUCACAUCACUGGGAAAAAGCUAAUCUAUGUAAACUGCUGCUACUUGCCACAAAUAGGAAUCACUAAUUUUGAACAUAUGAAGAGGAUCUCAGCACAUGUCCGUGAGCUGCUGGGCAUUUCUGAGCCAUUGUGUAGCAGGAGUAUUGCUGACCCUCCACGAGAUGAUAUGGGAAUGUUUCUGCAAAUAAAAAGCAGGACCGGAGAAAGAACUGAUUCCCUCACCUACAGUCAGUUCCUAAGUUACCAAAGGAAGUAAACAGCUACAUGAACAGCUAAUGAUUUUUGUUUUCUAUUUUGAGUUUAAUAGCUUUGAUUUGUUGCUUGAUUUGGUCUAGGAGCUUCAUUAUGUUUGCAGUUUUAGCAACAUGAUCUGCCUCAAGUGAGUAAUUGCCCAGACUAUAGCUCACUGUUCCAGCAUUGUUUUUCAUUUUGUUGUAUAAUUAGUGAGUUUGGAUGUAUUUAAAAGCCUUUUAUGCCUGCGUGGA